GCUGCUCACUCGGCCUGCCUUCCCCAGCAGAGACAGCGCUGGAGCCUCGCGAAGACCUGGACCAUGGACCCCAGGGAAUGCUCCUGCAUGUCUGAAGGAGCCUGCCUCUGUGGAGACAACUGUAAAUGCACGACUUGCAACUGUAAAACAUGUCGAAAAAGCUGCUGCGCCUGCUGCCCGCCGGGCUGUGCCAAGUGCGCCCAGGGCUGCAUCUGCAAAGGGGACUCCACCAAGUGCAGCUGCUGCCACUGAGACACACGGGCCUUGCCGAGGGCGAGGCCCGGGAAGCGUCUGCACGGAGUGCUAGCGGAGAAGUGGAAAGGAUUGUACUUUUUGUAUAUUCACCCCAACACGGUGGCGGUGACAUUCCUGUGAAGUGCUUGAAGCAAUAAAGUUUUUACUCUCGGUU